GGAACACACUACUAAGUUACAAGGCCAAAAUGGGAUAGUAGGACAAUGGGACACAAUGAGCCAACGGAAAGGGGGGCAAAAGGGACGAUAUGGAACAAGAACAAGGGGAACUUGUUUAUCCAAAGAUUUACGAGCACAGUAUGUCGCCCGGUGGGGCUUGGAGUAAUGUUUGCUAAUUAUUAACGAUAAAAAUUUAAUGCAUUAUUGGGAAAAGAAAAAUAUGUGGACUUCAAAUAUUCAUAAGGAUAUUAUAUACUUGAAUUAAUCAUUGUUGUAUGAAGUACGACAAUCUAAGGCAUCUUCGUCCUACAAGUUUUCUGCGACCGUACACCUGGCCUACGCGGACGCGCCUGAUCAAUAAUUGGCAGCAAUAUAUUUGGCAAUUGAAUAACAAUGACUUCUGACAUUUCAUAUUCUAGGACAGUUAUCCAAUCAAGAUCUUCAAUACCUAAAAUUAAGUUGAAACGAUGCUCUUGAUUGGAUAAUUGGGACCAAAUGAUGAACUACUAGAAGUCACUAUAAUUAAUUUUAGUGUAGUUUUGGCAAGAAAAGAGCGCGCCACUACAAGCUUUGAAGCUAGAACAAAGUCUCCACGCCAAGGACUGUCGUCUGUGUGCGUCGAAAAGAAUGGACUUGUGUUGAUUAAUGACAGAAUAUGUGAACCCAUUAUCACGCAUGAUUAAAUAUUUUUUUCAUUUAUUAGAGGUUAGGUUUUAACCUUACUUUCUUUCAAAUUAUCUCUGUUAGAUGUUACUAUUUGAUAGCUAGUGACGUCGAUUUGAGGACCCGUAUCUCUUCGUAAACAAGGUCCGAGUAGCUCGUAUAUUUUUGUCUGUAAGCGUGCCGUUCGGUGCCAACUUUAAUCACGAAUGAAAAGGCGUGUGUUAAGCAUGGAUUUGCCGACGACUACAGAUAAUGUUCUUGUAGAAAGAAACAGGGAACCGCUUGGAAUUAGUCUCAUAAAUCCCUAUGCAGUUGGAAAAAGGGACCGUAGUGACAUUGUUGCAUUAGCAGAAGAAAUUUCCAAGGCUGACACAUUUGUACAAGCUACAACAUGUAGCAAACUGCAAAUAAUUGCAGAACAGAUGCGAUUCUUACAACAACAGGCACUACAUGUUCUCUCAGAGGCUAAAGAAAGUUUUGAACUGAAUCAUGCAGCUUGCAACUUCAGAAAAAUUCCAGGGCACACAUAUCAUCUGUAUAAGAGAGAAUCUGGACAAACAUAUUUUUCUAUGUUAUCACCUCAGGAUUGGGCUCAGCAGGGUGGACCACCUCACAAAUACAUUGGUGCUUACCAUUUGAAGGAGGAUUUGACAUGGAUUACCGAAGGAAAGUUACAACAGAGUUCAUUCAACUUUAGCGAUAUUGCUAAAAUGGGCUUGUUACCAACUGGUAAUAUUAGGCAGCAACAGAUUGAAGCAAUUACUGAAAAAAUGGACUGUUAAUGUAUAGGCAUAUAUAAUAAAAUAAUGAGUGGUACUUACUGGGAUCCAUAAAAACAAUCCAAAGAAUUUCUUUAUUAUACAAAACACAUUGAAAAUAAAAUAUACCUUUGAAAAAAUUUAUUGUUACAUUACUUACAAAGUUACAACUUGUAUACUAAUGUUUUAAAUUUACUAACAAAUAGCACGAGGUCAUGUUGGAUUUACCCGAUGAGUUUGCUUAGGUAUCCUAAGAGUUUCUGUAUCUCCAACAGUCACUUCA